AUGGGAAAAACGAAGAUAAGUUUGAAAGAAUUGGCUAGUAUCAAGCGAAAGUUCACUGAGCCAAUUGAUGACUAUCUAAAUAGGGUUCGGUUGCUCAAAGCUAGGUGUUUUACACAAAUACCAGAGCAUGAACUAGUCGAAAUGGCUGUUGGGGGCCUCGACUAUUCGAUUAGGAAGAAAUUAGAUACUCAAUACCUGAGGGAUAUGACCCAAUUGGCUGAUAGGGUUCGACAAUUGGAACGUUUGAAGGAAGAAAAUGCUAGGGUAAAUAAAGGUAAAAGGGUAGCCUAUGUCGAUUUCAGGAAUGAUGAUGAAGGUUCCUAUCAUGGACUUUCAGACUUCGACGAUAAUGAGAUUGACCUUGUUGAAUUGAAGCAAGGGCCACCAUAUGCAUGCAAAGUUUUAGCACCUUCGAAUGGGAAAAAUCAUGUUGAACCAGAAAAAAGUGACAAACUUCCUAAGAAAACUUAUACGUUAGAUGUUACAAAAUAUGACGAAAGUUUUGACUUGUUAGUCAAAGAUGGUCAAAUGAUAGUACCUCCGGGUGCUAAAGUACCCCCUUUAGAGCAAAGAAAGAAAAAGGGUUUUUAUAAAUACCAUGGUUUUCUGGGUCGUAAAACGUCUCGAUGUUUUCUUUUCAGGGAUCUUGUGCAAAAUGCCAUCCAGGAAGGAAGACUCAAGUUCGGAGACAAAACACGAAGCCAGAUGAAGAUCGACUCCGAUCCUCUACAAGUAGCUAAGACCCAUUAUACUGAACCAGAAGAAGUGAACCUUAUUGAAGUCGCUGAAGAUUUCAACAUGACUGAAGUCACUGAGGACUUUGUGAAUGGACCUGUUAUGGCGAAGGUUCAUGAAUACUUUGAGAAAAUGCCUCUUGAUGAUUUCUCUUAA